AUGAAUAUACAUAUAGAUUUAAUAAAUCCAAUGAACUGGACAUCAAACAAAUUAUCGAAACUACCAGAUCAUUCAUUGACCGUAUGGGGUCAUUCAUCAACAUCAAAUGGAGAAAAAGAAAUUGUUAUAUUUGGAGGUUAUGAUUAUUGUACAGAUAAACCAACUAAUACAACUUAUAUAUUAAAUAUUGGACAAUCAAACUCACUUAUAAAACCAACGGUUAGUGGCGCACUACCGCCACCAAUGUAUGGACAUUCAUCAAUUCAAGUUGGUAAAAAAAUGUUUAUAUUUGGAGGUAAUCUUCAAGAUAAUACGCAAAGUAGUGAUAUGUAUCAAUUUAAUACAACCAAUUAUUCUUGGAGCAAACCGAAAUUAAAUAGUGUUUCAGAUCCACCCAGAGCUCGUUUUGGACAUUCAGCAGCAUUAUUAUCAGAUCAUUAUAUUUUAAUAUUUGGAGGAGUUCAUUUAGGACCUGGUGGAGCCAAAACAAUUUUAAACGAUAUGCAUAUUUUUAAUACCGAUAGGAACUGUUGGGCAAAAACCAACGAUCACAAUGGCAUGCCUUCAUUAGAUUCACCACCAACCGCAUCACCUAGGACACCAACCUCCUCAUCAUCCUCCACUUUAAAUGGAAUAAACAACGCAAAAGACUCACCAUAUUCUAUAGUUUCAUUUCGAGGUAGAUCAGCAACUAUAUCAGGGCAUAAUAUGAAUAAUACAUCACCAAAUAUAAAUAGUUCAAAUGGCUUAUCAUCAAGUAAUAGUAACAAUCAGCAAUCAUCACAACAACAGCAACCAUUAAAUCAUUUACUACAGCACUUCUCACAUCUUCAUGGCAAUGCAAUACCUAAUUUACCUUUACAACCAAAUCUACAAACAUUAGGCAAUAGUGACACUAUAACACCACCAUUAACGCCCUCAGGUAUUUUGGAUCUUAAUAAAUCACCACUAUCACUAUCACAAAGAAUUAGUAAUGGAAGCUGCGGUAACAUCACAUUGGGUUUCAGCAAAGUUCAAUCACCACCACCACGUUAUUUUCAUAGUUGCUCACCAAUUAAUAAUAGAGUGUAUAUAUUUGGAGGUUAUAGCGGCUCGCAACUAUUGAAUGAUCUUUAUAUUUUAAAUAUAGAAUCGAUGGAAUGGAUACAACCACAUCCCAAGGGCGACAUACCCUCACCAAGAGCAGGUCACACAUCUGCAGUAAUUGGCAAUAAUAGAUAUAUAGCAGUAUUUGGUGGUACAGUCGAGGGUGACCCUUCAAACCCUAAUAAUGCACAUUGUGACAACGAAUUGUUUUUAUUUGAUGUUGAAACAUUUAUUUGGACUCAAAUUAAAACAACUGGUACAUUGCCAUCUCCAAGAACAGGUCAUAUUUGCCAGGCUAUCGGUUCAAAAGUAUUUAUAGUUGGUGGCACUGAAGCUAUUUUAAAUAAUAAAUCGAAAAUACAUAAUAAUAAUUACUAUACCCUAGAAACCCUUCAUGGUAAUAACAACCCCACUAAUGUAUCAGCAAAACCAAGAAGCGGUAGUACUUCAUCAUUUUCAACUCCAUUAGUAUCUCAAAAAUACUUAUUCUCUAGUAGUGGCAGUAGUGGAGAUAACUCACCAAAUGGAUCAAGACUUUCAUUUAAAGAUGGUGCUGAUAACCUAUUAGUAUCAUUACAAGAAUCUUCACCAUCAUCUUCACCAUCAUCCUCAAAAUUAGACCUUUCACCCAAAUCUAAUAAUCCAUUAUCCAGUAGCGGCGGUGCAAUAAGAGGCGAAUUCCUUAGACACUUUACAACAUCCUCAUUAAAUGGUAAUCUAUUAAAAGACUCAUAUGCAGAUAUCAAAAGGAAAUAUCAAGACGAACGUGAAAAGAGAAUAGAGUUUGAAAAAGAAAUUGAACUAUUAAAAAUUAAACAUCAACAAGAAAUUUAUAAUUUACAACAACAAUUACAACAACAGCAGCAACAGUAUCAAAUGAACCAAGGUGAUUCAAUAUUAACGUCACAACAAAUUUUAGCAAUCUACAACGACAUCUUUGAAAUGUGGAGUUAUAUCGAUAAAAAUUUAAGAAACAGAGAGAAUAUAGACGUUAAAUUAGACCAUAUAUAUGAAAUAUUGAAAAAUAAAAUAGAUCAUUUCACUCAGCUAAUUGGUAUGGAAUCAUUUUUAGAUGAUCAAAAGAGUACAUACAGCGAUACCAAUAUUUUUAUGAAUAAUAACAAUAAUAAUAAUAAUAGUACCAAUAGUAUACCAAAUAUGAUUAGAGACGACACUAGCGAAACCUCUCAACACUCGCAGCAAUCUACCGAUCUUCAAGCUAAUGAUCCAUCACCAAGAAAGAAAGAUGCAGUUCACCAUUCCCGAUCAGUUUCAAAUCCAAUUCCCUUCCUAUCUCAAAUUGUAAAAGCUAGAGGAACAAAUAAUCCCAAUAGCAACAGCAAUAGUUUAAAUGAGCAAACUCUAUCUGUACAACAACAACUCCAUCAUUCACAUAAUAACCUUCAUACCUAUAUAAAUCAAUGUAAAGAUACAACUUCACCAACCAACUCAAAUUUAAUAAAUAACCUAAAUGGUACUACCAAUAACAAUAAUAGUAAUAAUACAAAUAAUGUCAAAGAAAAAACACCAAAAAUAUUUAAAAGAUUAAUAUUAAAAAAAAAUAGAGCAUCAGGUGUAUUUAAACCACUCGCAACCUCUGCAGAUUCAGAUGAACUAAACCAUAAUCAAAGCCAACAACAACUUGAUGAUCUAAUUUCAGAAGAAUUUGAACCAAAUUCAUUAUCAUCGUCAGUUUCAACCAAUACUCUUAGUACAGGCACCAACAAUGGCACAAUAGAAGAAAUUGAGGCAUUUGAAAAGAAUAAGCAAAGAAAGAGAUUGGGCAAAACCUUAAAGCAAAUGAUUAAUAAACAAGAAAAAGAAAAAAUUGAAAAAGAGAAAUUAGAUAAGGAAAAAGAGAAACAAGAAAAAGCAGAAAAAGAAAAAGCAGAAAAGGAAAAAGAAAAAGCAGAAAAAGAAAAAGAAAAAGCAGAAAAAGAAAAGGAAAAACAAGAAAAAUUAGAAAAAGAAAGAUUAGAAAAAGAAAAGGCAGAAAAAGAAAAAGAAAAGGAAAAACUUGAAAAGGAAAAAGCAGAGAAAAAACAUAAAAAGAUCAAAGGAUUAUUUGGAUCCAGAAGUUCAUCCAAGGAAUCACUGCCAUUUAAAAGAGAUGUCAUUGAAAAAGUUAUUGUUCAUCUUCGUGAAAACUCAUUAAACACUGAAGGUAUAUUUAGAUUGUCUGGUAAUAUGGAUACAGUAAGAGGUAUAGUUAAAUCAUUUGUUCAACAUGCCGAACCAAACCUUUCAUUUGAAAUUCACAAUAUCAGUAAUGCACUCAAGCACUAUCUUCGUGCAUUAGACCCACCAUUAAUUCCAUACGAAUUCUUUUCACCACUUUUAGACGCCAGAAGAAAUGAAGAUGCUGAAACAAUAAGAAAUAUAUUUUGGAAAAUACCUGCCGAUAAUCGUAUAGUGUUAACCCAAUUAGCUGAACUAAUGGUUUUAAUCUCGGAAAAUAGUAAUGUAAAUAAAAUGAAUUCAAAGAAUCUUUCAAUUGUAUUCGGACCAACUAUUUUGAAACCACGUACACCAACACUGGAUAGAAUGGCAUUAAUGAAUGAAACUCAGCUUCAAUGUGGUAUCAUUCAAACAUUUAUCGAAGAUUUCCAUUAUAUAUUUUCAGAAUUCCCUACAAGCGGCCCAAAGUCAUUUAACCAAGAUAAUGAAGAUGAUGAAAACAACACCAAUAAUAACGAGGAAGUAACCGUAUCGUCAUAUAGUACACCUUCGAAUAAUACCCCAUCAUCGCCAUCACCUCCAAAUGGCUCGCCAUAUUUAAAUCCAACUACCUCUUCCUCACCAUCCUCAACCUCGUCAAACUCUUUAACCAGUAAUAAUAAAAUAAAUUUAACAACCAGUGCCGAUAACCAACAAAAUAAUAACACAUCAAACAACAACAAUAAUAAUAUUUUAAAUGAUAGUAAUAAUAGUAAUGGUAGCAGUAAUUUUGAAAAUAAUAACACGAUAUUAUAA